AUGGUUAAACAAAUCUACGAUUAUCUGAGAGGGGAACAAACUAAGCCUGAAUGGAGAUGUCUAAUGUUUAAGAAUGCAGCUAGGCCAAAAGCUAUCUUUACACUAAGGAUUUUGUUGAAUAGAAAGCUAGCAACAGUGAAUAGACUUUCCAAAUGGGGAAUGACACAUAAUAAAACCUGUGUACUUUGUAAAAAUGUGGAUGAAAAUAUGGAUCAUAUGUUCCUACAAUGUCACUAUGCAGGGGAAGUGUGGGAAAGAGUAUUUACUUGGGCUAGUAUUCACAAUAACAGGCCAAAGACAUGUGCACAUUUUAUCCAAUGGAGUAAUCAACAUGGGAAAGGGAAGACUACAAAAGCUCAACUAUUCAAGCUGAUCCUAGCUGAAGGUGUCCAUGCUGUGUGGAAUGAGAGAAACAAGAGAAUUUUUGAAGACAAGAAGUGCUUGAUAGAUGAGGUAGUUAAGAAAAUAGCCCAUGUAACUAUUGCUAGAUCUUCUAUUAGUAUUAAAAAUGUUAUUAGUCAUAGGAAGAUUUGA